CCGCUCGCUCUGGGAUCCUGAAGCACGGACUCGCGGAGAGGAGCAGCUUCGCUUCCUUGCAGGAUUUAUUUGUUCGUGGAAAAAUUUCUCUUUUGUUUUCCGUCUUAGAGCAGCGCGCUUUCCGAAUGUCGACGACUCGCUCGGACGGCCCUUCUCUACUCGCCAGGCUUUGCAUGUGUUGCUUUUGUCCUGCAGGAGAGAAGGCAGGCUUUGUGUUUUGGUGGAUCUAGAGCUGAAGGAGGCAGUGCCAGGCGCUGCUGCUGCUGCUGCUGCUGUGGGCUGGACCUGCCACGGAUGGGAAGGUGUCAGACUGCACUUAAACAGAGUGUUGGGUCCGUGAGGACAGCCAUGUGGAGACCUGUUACAGCUCCGUUGGAAGACACUUCAAGUGAUCUGCCAGUUUGUUUCCCUGUAAACGUGGUCUGAAUUUGGAAGCUUGGAUACUUUCCAGUUUGGCAGGAUUCUAUUUUGGAUUUUUGUGCUUGUGGAUGUAUAUGCAUUUUUCUUCUGGAAUCUCAUGUGCGUGUUGCAUUUCAAGCAAAGUCACAUAACAUCAGCCGGUUGUGGAAUUUGGAUGAUAGCACAUCUCACACUGGAGUUCAGUUAUUAAGCUCUCAAUUUCAGGUGUUUGUUGGGAAUUGUGCGAGUUCUGCAUCCACAACUGAGCUUGAGCCAAGAACCUCCUCUCUAGGAAGUGUUCGUUUGAGUGUGUCAUCUGGUGAAAUGGAUGGCCCGCGGUGCAGCGGGAUCCGGAAAAAGCGGAAGUCUCGGUCCGUGCGAGACCGGGAGCGCAUGUCUAACGGGAACAGGAAUAACCAUGUCCGGGGACCCGUGCUUCGAUUCUCCUCGGAUUCUGAGAGGGAAGACCGCACCAACCCCCCCUCCUCCUCCUCGCGACCCAAGCCACCGAGGAGGAAGAGGAAGGAGUCUACCUCUGCUGAGGAGGACAUCAUUGACGGAUUCUCAAUAUCAGGAUUUAUAACGUUGGAAGCCCUUGAGAAGGACAUGACCCUGAAGCCCCACGAGCGGAGGCAGAACCAGGCAGGACCGCUGCGCAAGAAGAAGCCCGGCCGAGUGCCGAACGGACUGAACAUAGACCUACACAAAGACCGACUCAACAACCACCAGCACCACCACUCAGACCAGGAGAACAACCCUCGCCUGGCCCAUACACAUGGCAAGAAGAAGAAACACCUGCAGAAGAAACACCGACCUCAGUGGCAUGCUGAGAGGCCCAUCUGGCCAGACACAAACACACAUUAUCUGGCCUUGCCGCUGGGAGCUGUGUUCAGUUGUUUGUGUGAGAAAUGUACACAGUGUGACACUGCCGAAGAGGACACUGGGCCGAUGUUGUCCCGAUCAGUAUGUCCUCUUAUUUACACACAGUCCUGA